AUGAAACUUCUGCUUUUUUGCUCGUGGUUUCCAUGCCUUUUGAUUUUUAUCAUGUGCUUGGGAUCUGAGUCCGGGACUGUUCGUAGGACGGUGAGAUCUAAAAGAGACUUGGUGCGCAUUAGGGAAACCAGAACUACCUUACCAGGAGCUUGUGCCACACGUUUGCCUCGGGGCAAGCGUUCUCUGUCCGGGAUGGAUCGGCGCUCGCCUCCCCUGCACUCUCGUUCCUCUCAGGCUGGUGAGAACACUCCAGGUCGGCGAAAGAGUGUUUACUUUACCGGCAGAGGAGACCAACUACGUCUGAAACCUGGUGUGGAGGUACCGCGGGGCAAUUUUACUCUGGAAAUGUGGAUCAAACCUGAAGGGGGUCAACGUUCUCCUGCUGUAAUUGCAGGUCUGUAUGAUAAAUGCUUCUACGCCUCCAGCGACCGAGGCUGGCUUGUCGGAAUCAGGGUGAUGAGUGACCAAGGCAACCGGGAUCCACGUCUUUUUUUCUCUCUCAAGACAGACCGGGCCCACAAAGUCACCACCAUUACCUCCAAUGCACCCUACUGGCCCAACCACUGGUCCCACUUGGCAGUGACGUACAACGGCUUCCACAUGAAGCUGUUUGUGAAUGGAGCUCAGGUGGGCGUCAGCAGGGACCAAUCAGGUGAGAUCUUUAGCCCGCUCACCAAGAAGUGCAAGGUGUUGAUGGUUGGCGGGAAUGCCCUCAACCAUAACUACCGCGGAACCCUGGAACACCUGAGCCUAUGGCGUCGGGCCUUGACACAGCGUGAGAUCAUCGGGUACAUGCGAGGUCAUAUCCCUGACGAUCCAGAUGACCUCUCCCAGUUAGUGGUCCAUGAGAAUUUUGAAACCACCUUUAGGAAGUGGUUGAGCGUGAAAGAUGGCAGUUACCCCGAGGUGGAGUUCUCCGACCGGCCUGGAACUGUGAACCUGGGGGCAUCCAUGGACACGUCGCUAGACCCCCCACCAUGUGGUCAGACGAUCUGCGAUAACGUCCAAGUGAUCACAAACUACAAUCAAUACUGGAGCUUCCGCAAGCCCAAGACGGUGCGUUACCGGGUGAUCAACGUUUAUGACGAUGAGGGACGGCGGCCUACUGUUACUGACCACCAAAUCAGCCUUCAGCACCAGCACUUGAACGAGGCCUUUCGUGUCUACAACAUCACAUGGGAACGGACGGUCCACAACGUUUACAACUCCUCGCUCAGAGAUCGACUGGUGCUUGCCAACUGCGACAUCAGCAAAGUGGGUGAUGAGGAAUGUGACCCAGAAUGCAACCACACUCUUACUGGCUUUGACGCCGGAUACUGCAGGCGUCAAACAGCUAGUUGCCCAGAGUACAAGCAAGGGAAUGGAGUCUGUGACCCUGAAUGUAAUUGGGAUAACUUCUAUUACGAUUACGGGGACUGCUGCAACCCUAAUACUACAGACGUCACCAAGACCUGUUUUAAUCCUGCAUCCCCGUACAGGGCCUAUAUGGAUGUGAAAGAGCUGAAAGAGAUUCUGCGUCUGGACGGUUCCACACACUUGAACGUCUUCUUUGCCAACUCUUCCGACGAAGACCUGGCUGGAGUUGCCACCUGGCCCUGGGACAAGGAGGCGUUAACACAUUUAGGUGGGAUUGUGCUGAAUCCUUUGUUCUAUGGCACAUUCGGUCACACGCACACCAUGAUCCACGAGAUUGGCCACAGCCUGGGACUCUACCACGUUUUCCGCGGCAUCUCUGAAGUGGAGUCCUGCAACGACGCGUGUUUGGAGACGGAACCCUCGCUGGAGACAGGCGACCUGUGUGCCGACACCAACCCCACGCCCAAGUACAAGUACUGCCGAGACCCCGAGCCGGGCAACGAGACGUGUGGUCGUCGGCACUUCACCCACACGCCCUUCAAUAACUACAUGAGUUACGCCGAUGAUGACUGCACGGACUCCUUCACCCUUAACCAAGUGGCCCGGAUGCACUGUUACUUGGAUCUCGUCUAUCAGUCAUGGCGUCCUGGCAGCAAACCGAGUCCUGUGCCCUUGGCACCUCGGUUAAUGGCGCAGGAAUCGGACUCCCUUACACUGGAGUGGUUCCCGGCUAUCACAGGCCACUUCAACGACAGAGAAGUGGGAUUAGUAUGUGCCAGAUGCACUGAGGAUAAAGUCCUCCUUCAGUAUGCAACAAAUGCCUCCUCCCCUCGUCCCUGUGCUCCCUCUGGACACUGGAGUCCCCGCGAGGCUGAGGGUCCCCCUGACGUGGAGCAAGUCUGUGAGCCAAGUGUCCGGACAUGGAGCCCUAACGCUGGUUUAGACUCGAGUAGCGUUGGUUCCCCUCCUUGUCCGCUCCAAGGCUGCAUGCUCCAGUUGGACUUCCCUUACCCCCUGGUACCAGAUUACCUCACUGUCUGGGUCACCUUCUUCUCUCCGGAGGAGACAGGCCUUCCGGCUAUCCAUAACCUCAUCCUUCUGAUGGUUGGAGGUUCCAACGUGUCCUUGGGUCCCCAGAACGUCUUCUGUGAUGUUCCACUCACACUCAAACUGGCUGUGGAUGAAGAGGUUUAUGGGGUUCAGAUCUUCACCAUGGAGCAGCACCUAGAGAUUGACGCUACCUUGUUGGCAUCCAAGCCCAACAGUCCACUGUGCCAAGCCUGCCAACCACUCCACUACCGGCUAACGCGUCAACCCCCCUUCCCUAACAAUCCCCAUGGAAUUAUCACAGCAGACCUCAGUCGACGAUACGUAGACAGGGAUGUUGUACCUGGAGUGAUGUACACCUACCACGUGCUGACAGUGUCCAGUGAGGCUCAGAGUGAAGCCUCCCCACCCCUCAGUCACCAGCUGGGAAUGCCCUACUGCGGAGACGGACGUAUCCAAAAAUACCUGGGAGAAGAGUGUGAUGACAUGAACUCUGCCAACGGUGAUGGAUGCUCUAGUCAGUGUAAAAAGGAGCCUCUGUUCAACUGUGUCGAUGAGCCAAGUUUGUGCUACUUUUACGAUGGCGAUGGCAUGUGUGAGGAUUUCGAGCGUGAGACAAGCGUGAGGGACUGUGGCCUUUACACACCCAAUGGUUUCCUGGACCAGUGGCCUACAGGAGUGGAGGUGUCUAAUGAGGAGAGAUUACAUUGCCCGGCCGAGGUGGCUGUUGGCUAUCCAGCAGUGACAAAGUCCUGUCAGUCCAAGGUGUUUGAUCUUUCCAAUGGCGUCUCACAGUACGCCUGGUUUCCUUGUGAAGAGGCCCAGCAGGACACAUGGAACACACAGUACUGGCUGAAGGCAUAUUACUCUCACCCAAUGGUGGCUGCAGCAGUUAUAAUCCACCUCGCUGCAGAUGGAACAGGCUACACGGACCAGACGCAGUGCAAUAUCACUGUUGAACUAGUGGACACUAAAGAGCAAACACACAAUCUAGGUGACUGGCGCUUGAGUUGCCGUAGCAACCCCCUGGUGAUUCCAGUGACUCAUGACCUCAGCGUGGCGUUUUAUCGAACCAAGGCCAUUGUCGUGCGCUUCACCUCACCCCUGGUGGCCAUUUCAGGCGUAGGCUUACGCUCCUUCCAGUACUUUGACCCCAUCACCAUUAGCGGAUGUCAGAGCAAUGAGAUCUACAACCCCAUGGGUCAAAGCUGCGUCCAUUACUCUUGUGAUGCCAUCGACUGUCAGGAACCGUUAGUUCAGAACGCGGAAAUGAAAUGCAGCAGCCCGGGCUACUUUAACGGAGUGCGAUGCACCAUCACCUGUAACCGUGGAUACACGCUCAAGAUCCAUAGAGAUGAUGACAUCAUCAAGACACAGUCAGACUCCACGGUAACCCUUACCUGUGCUGACGGGAAAUGGAACAAACAGGUCACCUGUGAGCCGGUUGACUGCGGUCGCCCGGAUAAGUACCACGUGCACCCGGCUGUCUUUGAGUUUCCUGAAGGCACCACCUACGGCAAGAGGUGCACUUUCCAGUGCAAGGAACCGGCUCAGCUCGUGGGCACGAAUAAUGUGUUGACGUGCAUGGAGGACGGAAUGUGGUCCUUCCCGGAGGCCCUGUGCGAGCUGCGCUGUCCAGCACCUCCCCCUGUCCCGAACGCGGUGCUGCAGACCAAACGCUGCAACACCACGGGUCUCAAAGUGGGCUCUUUCUGCAAAUACAAAUGCAAGCCCGGCUACCACGUCGCCAAUGCCGACAAACUCAAAAGGAGAGCAUUUAAACGACAGUGCACCGAGGACGGCAGUUGGCAGCCCGGGUCAUGUGAACCGGUGACAUGUGACCCUCCGCCUCCCAUCUUCCACGGAACAUAUCGCUGCACCAACGGUUUCCAAUUCAACAGCGACUGUUGGAUCGACUGCGACGGUGACAACCACACGGGUACGAGCACCAACGUGAUCCGAUGCAGAAAAGACGGAAACUGGACCGGGUCGUUUCGACUUUGCCCUCACAUAACUGGACAGUGCGCGCUCCCUGUCAACCUCAAUCCAAACAUUUACCUCAACUGUAAGAACAAACAUAACAUUGGAGAGGAGUGUGAACUGACCUGUAAAGAAGGAGGCAGCAGUGUGGUUAUCCUUCCCAGAAAUUUGACCGUGGAAGCUGUAAUGAAGGACCACUGGAGAAACCCUCCAAAAGUCAAGAGUAUUAUAUGCACAAUGGGGUUGAAGUGGUACCCAAAUCCAGAGACUCUUCAUUGCAUUAAAGGCUGUGAGCCGUUCAUGGGGGACAAUUACUGUGACGCCGUCAACAAUCGGGCUUUUUGUAACUACGACGGGGGCGACUGCUGCCACUCCACUGUGAAAACGAAAAAGGUAAUCCCAUUUCCCAUGACAUGUGAUAUUCGGGAGGACUGUGCUUGUCGGGAUCCGAAUGCCCAGGAAAACAGCAAAGGGCUCCGACAUCGUUCCCUGGGCUGA